UUCACACUUCACACGCCUGCUUCCACUCCAAGUGUAGCAGGCAGCAGCGUCUCGUCUCCCCUGCAAGCAAGGGGAGAGGAGGAGCGAGCGGCCAUGGGCUCUGCCAACUGCCUCGCGCAGACCAAUGCGCUCUUCAGGAAGAACCUCGUGAUGCAGAGGCGAAAUUGCAGGGCCAACUGCUGCCUCGUCUGCUUCCCCUUCCUCAUAUGCUUGCUGCUCGGAGGGACGCAGCUGCUCGUGAUCAUAGCUUACCGCAGCUCACACAGGUCCGGGAUCGACUGCGGCUACUGCGCCGCUGGCACGAAGAGUUGGAUCGACAGCAAAGUUGGGGGGCUCGAUUGCCCAAUCCAGUGCCCCCUGCCGAUCGCGCCGAAAUGGCCCCCGGUGCUGCAGCUGCCGCUAGAUUCAGACCUCGUGAACGAGCUCGGCUCCUUCAAGUCUACCAACCUCACGGAUACGUCGAUCAGAAGGGCAAAACACUCCCCGGUGAAGUUCCUUGUCACCGGAGCCAACCAGCCAUUUGCAGAGAGUGUCAUGAGUAACAUGCUCCCCAAGCAUGAUGAUGGGUUGAAGUUUGUAGCCGACAUCUCCACCUUGGCUGAUUUCGUGCUGGGUACAUAUGCAAUGCGCGUUAUGUCUAGUGGUGCUGAUGAACUUGGUUCCGAUUUUGAUCACUACAGCCACCUUUUUUUCCUUCAGAGCAACUGCGCGGCGAAGUCAAAACUUUCUUUUCUAAUCCAAGCAGGUCGUGGCAAUUUCACCAAAGAUGCAGAAUGUAUUGAAGGAUUAUUUCUUUGGCGUGAGAAUUCAUCAGUCAUGAACAGUGAAUUAUACAGAGAUCGUUACCAAGAGGAUAAGGAAACCAAUAAAAUUGCUUCAGCAUAUGACCUCAUGAGCUCAGACCUCAACAAAUUUAACUUGGUUGUCUCAUACAACUCAUCAUACAAGGGUGCUACUCAAUUUUCACUGUCGCCGUUAUCUUCACUUUCAUUUUCACCAAUCAUGCUUCGAAUUCCGCGGCUACUGAAUCUGGUCUCAAAUGCGUACCUUGAGUUAAGGGGCAGUCAUACUAAGAUGCAAUUUGAGUUUGUUAAAGACAUGCCUAGAGCUGCUCAACCUGAAAUGACUAUUGAUAUAUCUUUCUUAGUGGGGAAGGUGGUUUUUGUAUGGAUGAUAAUGCUUCUCUUCCCGGUCAUCCUGAGCAAUUUAGUCUAUGAGAAACAACAGAGGCUAAGAACUAUAAUGAAGAUGCAUGGCCUAGGAGAUAUGGCAUAUUGGACAAUAUCAUAUUGUUAUUUUCUUUUUCUAUCACUACUGUAUAUUCUCUUCUUGGUUGUUUUUGGAUCAUGGGCUGGUAUAAUGUUAUUCAAAAUGAGUGAGUUCAGGGUACAAUUCCUGGUCUAUUUCGCCUAUAUGAACUUGCAAAUUUCGUUUGCUUUCCUUAUGGCAACAUACUUUUCUAAUGUCAGAACUGCUAGUGUGACUGGAUAUCUCUUCACAAUUGGGUCUGGCUAUUUAGCAGAAUAUUUAUUCAGGCCUAUUUUUGAAGAUAUGACCCUCUCAAGAAACUGGACUACACUCAUGGAGUUCUUCCCACCAUUUUCUUUGUACCGCAUAAUCUAUGAGUUUUCUCCACCACCAUCACCAUUUUAUCUUACGGACUUUUCUGGAAUACAGUGGGGAGACUUGAGUGAUCGCAAAAAUGGAAUGAAAGAAAUUCUCAUCAUAAUGGCACUUGAGUGGGCCACGUUCCUUUUGUUAACAUUCUUUUUGGACGAAUUCGGAACCCUCAGAAAUGGAAUCAGAAAAAUGGUAUCAGUUUGUCACUCAAGCGGGGAUGGGAAUUCUCAGGCUUCUCAGAAGCAGACUAUUCAGCUUCAAGAAUCCGAAUAUUCAGUUGAAAUGGACAGGACAGAUGUUUUGAGAGAGAGGGAAAUAGUUGAACAACUCUUACAAGAAUCAGAUAGUAGUUAUUCGAUCGUAUGCAACAAUCUUAAGAAAGUGUACCAUGGAAAAGAUGGAAAUGCGGAGAAAAUUGCUGUCACAGGGUUAUCGCUUUCUAUGCAACGAGGCCAGUGUUUUGGAAUUCUUGGUCCAAAUGGUGCUGGGAAGACCUCUCUUAUUAGCAUGUUAACUGGAUUUACUAAACCUACAUCUGGCACGGCUUAUAUUAAUGGAAUGGACAUACGAUUGGACAUGGGCAAGAUUUAUACAGGAAUUGGUGUUUGCCCACAAUUUGACUUGCUAUGGGAAACACUGACAGGUCGAGAGCAUUUGAUGUUUUACGGCAGGCUUAAGAACUUGAGAUGUGCAGCAUUAGAUAGGGCUGUAGAACAAUCUCUGAAAAGUGUACGCUUAUUUGAUGGCGGUGUUGCUGAUAAGCGUGUGGCAGAAUACAGUGGUGGCAUGAAGCGUCGUCUCAGUGUUGCUAUAUCCCUAAUUGGUGAUCCUGAGGUUGUUUACAUGGACGAACCAAGUUCUGGAUUGGAUCCAGCAUCAAGGAGAGCACUGUGGAAUGCUGUGAUGUCUGCCAAACAGAACAGGGCCAUCAUUCUGACAACGCAUUCGAUGGAAGAGGCCGAAGCUCUAUGCGACAUGAUAGGAAUCAUGGUAAACGGGAGCCUUCAGUGCAUUGGGAACUCAAAAGAGCUGAGAGCCAAGUAUGGAGGCACAUAUGUGCUCACCGUAACAACUGCGGCAGGCGAGGAGGAGGAGGUGGUGGAGCAGCUGGUCCGGUCACUCUGCCCUGCGGCGAACAGAGUGUACCGCAUCUCGGGGACACAGAAGUUUGAGAUGCCGAAGCAGGGUUUGAGGAUCAGCCAAGUGUUUCAGGCCAUGGAGCAUGCCAAGAGCUGGCUGAACAUCGCUGCCUGGGGCCUCUCUGAUGCAACGCUUGAAGAUGUCUUCAUCAAAGUUGCCAGCGAGAGUGACAUAACCUCUGUGUAGAGGUGUUAUCAGGACUUGGACCGUCCAUGGACUCUUUGAUAUGAAUUUAAUUUCGACUUUGUUUGAAUGGAUAUAUUUGGAUACUGAAUAUUUGGUGUAUCCAAAGGUAGCAACCUUACAUGUGAAAUUCUACUCAAUAA